AAGUUGGUUUCACUGAUGACGUCUGCGAGGAUUAUUUCUGUAAAAUUCGCGGUGGCAAGCUUCGGAAUCAAGCGAGCGAGCAGGAGAGAGAGAGAGAGAGCUGGAGAGAAUGCAAUCGUGGUGUUGAUGCGAGCUCCGAUGUGGAGGUGGAAGGUAUGGGGUCGGAGGCUGCACCGUUUUGGUUGGGGGAGCCAGGAGAUGGGAGGUUUGGACACGAGGAGGAGGAGCCAGGGGAGAUUGUUACGGUGCUGAGAAGGCGGUGAUAGUGUUCUAGUUUCAGUGUAGAGCUUUAGUUUUUUCUGUGUGCCAUGUGAAGAAGGGAGUAGUGAGAUGGUUGACGGUGCUGAGGAGUGGUGGGAAGGGAGGAUUGGAUGCGAGGUUAGUGAUAAUCAGGUCUUGGAUCUGAUGAUGAGGUUAGGGUGCUGCUAAGACGCGACGAGGCUUGAGGAAUUUGUAGUGUAGUAGCCGGUCAUGGGAUUUCGGCGAGUGUUCGUGAGGUUGUAUCCGGCGAACGGAUCGGAGGAGUGUGUUUGUUGUUGCUCGGAUGCGGGUUACAGACAAUUUUGGUGUUUAUUAGGGGUUAGAGCUGUGGUUUGAGAAUUUUGGUUUUGCUUGAUCGAGAGCGAGGGCUUUGAACGUGGCGAGGCUGGAGAAGGAGAUCUAUAAUGAGGAUCUCCGAUUGUCGAAUUAGUUUUAGGAUAGUGCUUGUUACUAUUUUUUUAUGGAUUGGGACCGCUUCAGCUCAAUGUUCGUCUUCGAGCCCUCGAGUGGGGUUCCAGGCAGAUUUUGUAAUGGUGCAGCAUCAGCUUCGUGGUUCUUUUCGCAUAGUCAACGAUUGCUCCUUUGUCGUCAGCAGAUUUGACAUGUUGCCAGGAAUAGAUGUCAAAUGGUGGAGUGCUGUUAAUGAUGAUGUUUACAGCUUUCUUAGUGGAAAAACUAUUUCAGAUGCAAAACUAGCUGGUCUAUACUCAAAUGCAACUAUGGAGGUUACUUUGUUGAAAGGCUUGGCUUGGGAAGACAUAAAAGUUCUGAGUGUGUGGGAUAGUGCCACAGCUUCAAAUUUUGGGCAUAUUAUUUUGCAACUCAAUCAGAGUGCUCCACCUCCAACAAGUGGAGGUCCUGUAGUUGAGGCCCCUAAUUUCCCUCCCACUUUGGGGCCUAGUCCACUAUUGGCUCCGCCUCCUUUGGAUGAUGGUUCCUCUUCACCACCUACUUCAUCGAUGAUGGGCAAUUGGGAACCAACUAUGUUUGAGAAUUGUGUUGCACUGUCACCUUCUUUUCGGGUGCGGUGGACCUUGGGUGUAGUUCCAGGGACUGUCGACAUUGGUCUCGAAUCUGCACUAACAAAGACGCAGUAUAUGGCGUUUGGGUGGGCUAAACCUGGAAUUACUGAACAGUAUAUGAUUGGGGCUGAUGUUGUCGUGGCUGGUAUUGAUGACAAGGGUUUCCCACUAUCAGAGGAUUACUUUAUGAGUUCUUACAGUGAAUGCAACUGGGACAAGUCCAAGCCGGCUGGCGUUUGCCCUGAUUCUUUUUUUGCUGGAACUACUAGUGGGCUCAAUAAUUCUGAAAUGCUACAUGGUCAACAAAUUGAUGGAAUCACUCUUGUUCGAUACCGGCGCCCUCUUGCUAGUCUAGAUAUCAAUUAUGACGUUUCACUGAAUGCAUCACAAGAAAUGGUAGCAGUUUGGGCAAUGGGCUCUCUAGCACCCGAUAGCAUGCGGGUUCAUUUCACACCUCAAAACCAUGGAUUGCCUCAAGGAGUGAAAUACGGAUAUCUUAACCUUACACUUGGGUCCUCACUCGACCAAUGUUUUGGCCCGCUUCCAGCCUCAAACGCUUCUCAAGGAAACAUAGUUGUUGCUGAUCGAGGAACAUCACUUGUAGUAACCUCAGAUGUAGCAUAUGAAUAUCCAAACCCUCCUAACCCCAGAAAGGUCCUGUAUAUAAAUUCAAAAGAAGCUCCUAUACUGAGGGUUGAAAGAGGUGUGCCUGUGACAUUUUUAGUACAGGCAGGGCAUGACGUGUCUUUCUAUGUGACAUCUAAUCCUAUUGGAGGCUCAGGACGUUCUUCCAGCAAAAUAUAUGCGGGUGGUCCUGAUGCACAUGGCGUUCCUACCAUUCCUUACACUCUUAAGUGGCUACCCGACCGAAGGACACCCGACAAAGUGUAUUAUCAGUCGUAUUUUCAGAAGAAGAUGGGCUGGAUGGUGCAAGUUGUGGAUGGUGGGCUAUCUGAUAUGUACAACACAAGCCACCUGCUUGCUGAUGGUCAAGUUACUCUCUUUUGGACCCUAACGAGCACCGAUGUCUACUUUGCUGUUCGAGGGGAACGCAAGAGCGGUUACCUCGCUGUUGCUUUUGGCAGCGGCAUGCUGAACUCUUUCGCCUAUGUGGCGUGGAUUGAUGAUAAAGGAAAUGGGCACAUUGGAACUUAUUGGAUCACGGACAAGGAUGCAUCUGGCAUUCACCCGACCGCUGAAGAGCUCUUCAAUAAAAAGUGUGAACGAGUAGAUGGAGUGAUUACUUUUGAAUUCAGCAGGCCAUUGAAACCAGAUUGUCAGUCAGGUCAAGAGUGCAAAAACGUGAUCGAUGCCACAAGUGCGUUGAAAAUGGUUUGGGCUAUGGGUGAUGAAUGGUCAGUGAAUCUAACAAAUGGGAAUAUACACACCAUCGUAAGCACCACUCCAACUUUGAUAUAUCUGGCAGCUGGCGCUGCAAAGGUCGAGGAGCUGCAACCAGUUUUAGAGGUGCAUGGCUUUAUGAUGUUUUUUGCCUGGGGUCUAUUUUUCCCAGGUGGUGCUAUGGCUGCUAGAUAUUUUAAGCACAUAAACCAAGAUGGUUGGUUACGUAUCCAUGUUUAUGCACAGACUUCAGGAGUUUUUGUCACGUUUCUUGGACUGCUGUUUGCGGUCGCGGAAGUUAAAAGGUUGGAGUUUGACAACGUACAUACAAAACUCGGUUUCGUAUGUUUGUUGUCAGUCUGCUUACAAGCAGCCACUGGGUUCUUACGGCCCCCAAAAGAUCGGGGACUUCUACGGACAGUCUGGGAGUACUUUCAUCUGUUUACUGGGCGAACGCUGCUUUUAUUAGGAUUUGUAACCCUUUUUACAGGUGUUACGCAGUUAGGAUCUCGAGAUGAAUUUGAACAUGUGAGAACGUUGGAAUGGUCUAUUGUAGCAUGGGUUUUAGCCCUGGCCUUCACAUGUGGUUAUAUUGAGAUGCACGACUUUUGGAUAAGGGGCCAGAAGUCAUACACAUCGUCAGGCAGUUUUCGGCAAGGAUAUACCUUAGGGGACGAUGAAGAUGAUUCUACAGAGCUUAUUACACCUAUUCAAAAGGAGUCAGAUCAGGGUCCUCAGAACCAAUUGGAGAUGCGAGGAACCAUGGUUCCACCGUGAACACAUUGAAUCACAAAUGCUGUGUUGAACUUACCCAAUUUGUUUCACGAGGUCUGUUUUUAUGUAGUCAAAUUCAUUCACCAAUCAUUUGGUGCCAACACAUUCAGUAUUUUAUUUCAUGCAUAAUGGCAAUCACUUUUAUGAUUUCA